AUGAGUGCGGCUGUAGCACUUCAGAAUAUUACUCCGCAUAAUGGUAGCCAGCGUGACUAUAAUCAUGCUACUGACCCUGAGUAUAUACGUUUAAGAGGUCUAGCAGAGGCUGCUCAUGAGAGGAGAAAGCAAUAUUCACAAGACUCUCAAAAUGCAUACAAGAGUGGCGAUCAUAAGAAAGCAAAAGAAUUUAGUGAAAAAUCAAAAGAACAGAAUAAAAUUGCGGAAGGAUAUAAUUUGCAGGCUGCAGAAUAUGCCUUCGCUACAAAUAAUGCAGACUCUGAAAGUGAUGAGAUCGAUCUACAUGGACUUUUUGUGAAAGAAGUUCAAUGGAUCUUACAAAAAAGAAUUGCACUGGCAGUGAGGAAUCAUGAGCAAUAUCUAAAAGUUGUUGUUGGAAAAGGUUUACAUUCGAAAAAUGGUAUUUCUAAAAUUAGACCGGCAGUAGAAGAAUUAUGUCAACAAGGUAAUCUAAGAAACUAUUAUGAUAAUAAAAAUGCAGGUGUUUUAAUAAUUGAAUUGACUAAUGCAAGAAUACCCACUGACUGGGGUAGUACGGAUUAUGUUACAUUUGCUAGCAAAUCUUCUUAUAAAACACAAUCCAAUAAUUAUAGCCAUCAAAACCAGCCACAAUACCAACAACAACACCAACAAUAUAAUAACAAUAACAAUAACAAUAAUGGGGGUUUACUGAGCAUGGUUUUGCAACUCUUUUGUUCUUGCUUGCAAAAAAAUAUAUAA